ACCUUCAGCUCCACCCGCCUGCCCUCUGACGCUGCCGUCAAAGCCGCACUGAACAGCCUGCUGCCGGCCACCCUCUACAUGCGCAAGGCAAAAACGGAUGAAGACAAGUUCCAGUGCAUCAAAUUCGGGAAGAAUUCUCGAUCUGCGGACGCUGGAAACCGAUGGCUCUUUUGGCCGGACCCUCCUCCGCCGAACUACUCGCUGUACUCGGGCAAUCUUACCUUCUCCUACCUCAACAAAACAACAGCCACGUCUUGGAAAGCCAACUACACUCUAAGUCUCAACGCCCCCUACUCCUUAACAGUAACCGGUCCACCUCAGACCAUGUUCGGCGCGGGCAGUAAUUGGCAAUCAGUGAAACUGUUCCUAUCGGACAUCGGUGACACCUACGCGGUCUUCCAGCGCUGCAUGGAUGACACCAUUAUUGGUUAUUACUACAACGGAUACAUGUUUCUCAAGCAGACUGUGACCACGGCUAACAACUUCGACUGGCGCUGCAUGGCUGGAGGCCUACAACAGCUCACCUCCCUCACUGGGUGGCAGCCAGCGGGCUGGUGUCCAUAGAGCGGUCUUCAGACGUCACCUGGGCCUAUACUUUCAAAAAAAGUUAAGAGAUCGUAAGUUCAUCAGCCAAUAAUUGACGGCCUUUCAAGCAAAAUCAACCAAUACUAGAUUAGAAAAUAGAGCGGAAGUUCUUACGUUCACUUAGCGAGUUUUGAAAGUAUGGCACCUGAACUCCAAUAAUCUCGAGUGGGCAUAUUUUUGUGAUGGUGCAGCGAGAAUGUUAGUGGGAAAUUGGGGAAAAACAUGUCAAAAAGUCGUCAGAUAGGGGAAAAAGAAAUGGAAAAGACACAAGGUGAGGAAUAAUAUGCAUAUCAAAAUUAAUUUUUAAAGACAACACUUCUAAAAAGUCCAGUGUCUCCG